AUGCCUGGAUACAAUUUUGAUUAUUUAGAAUUAAAUCCCUCUAAAGAAGAAAUGCUAGUCCCUUUUAAUUUAUCCACAAAAAAUAAAGGAAAUGAAAGGGUUACUGUAGAUGGAGAGAAUAAGAUUGUAGAGGUGAAGCAAGAAAAUUUAAAUGUUAAAUUAAAAGGUGGAGGGCUAACAAAGGAGAAAUUGACUGAAAUUGUUGUUAAGGUGUUUUUUUAUUUUUUGGAUUUCGAAGCGGGAGAUCGAUGGCUAUUGAACAGAACAUAA